CUUCACGGAAACGAUCCUUUCCUGGGUUUUUAUUUUGAAGAAAAUUUGGGGGGAAAUAUGUAAAUUAAUUUAAACGCAAAGCAUCAAAAGCUUUAUAAAAAAUGCAUUAAAACCAGUGCGAGAAUGAUUUGAAGCAAUAAUUCUUUCGUGAAUUUUGCGUUGGCCCUGAACAGCGCCAUUUUGUUAAAUUGCAGCAGAAGUUGAUUUUGUGGCCAUCAUCUCGAGCGUCCAUCCAAGUAGGCCUUGUUUUUCACCUUCGACGUCAUUUUGGCAGCAAUUUCACGCACACGAUGGCGUGUUUUUUCUUCUCGGAGCUCGCUCUUGAUUUCCUUUAGUCGUUGUUUUUUCCGCUGCUGCUGCUGUUGCUGCUACGAUGUAGUUGGUUCGAACGAAGAAGAUGGAAUGAACAAACCUGGCAAAAAUGCUUGCUUUUUUUUAUUUUUUAUUUUUUUUAAAUUAAAUAUGUCUUUAUUGAACUUUCUUACAAUAAUUACAUUUUAUUUACAUUGAUUGGUGCGCUGGAAGUGGGGACGCGAAGUCGUGAUUAUUCAGGUUAUUUUUUUUUUUGUGUGCUUUUGUGUCGCUAUUCGUUUGGGGUGAGUGAUUGUGGUAAUCGAAUAAUAGCAUCAUUGGUGCGCUGGAAGUGGGGACGCGAAGUCGUGAUUAUGCAGGUUAAUUUUUUUGGUGUGCUUUUGUUUCGCUAUUCGUUUGGGUUGAGUUAUUGUGGUAUUCAAAUAAUAGCAUGCCUUACUGAAUUAUUUGUGUCUUGAGCGUAAUUUUUCGUUGAGUAAUUGGUGUUUUUUGUGAUCUUAAUUAAUUGUUUUGUGAUUUUCAUAGCCCUUCCUAUAUCAUCGUUGAUCGGAAGGCACGGCGUCGGGUAAAUUGUGUAUAAUUUUUUCGAUUAAGGUUUUAUUUUUUAUGGUGAAAAAGCCAUUUCUAUAUAAUGAUCGAAAGACGCACUGACAUUUUGGAAUAAUUAAUAGUGGAGUGAAAUAAUUGUGAGUGAGUGAUUUUGUGUGUUAACCAGAAAGACCUUCCCAUAGCAUCGUUGCUCGGAAGGCUCGCCGACGGGUCUGUUAUGAAAGUCCUCCCCAUAGCAUCGUAGCUCGGGAGGCAUCGAAAAGCCAAUACCUUAUCCUACUAACCCAAAAAAAUAUUAAUCACGUGAUGCUUGAAGGAGAUGCUGUGGAUUCAACGGUCUCAUGCGGUAUCACCAAGUAUAUAGCGAAAAACUGUGUGCUUGAUGAGUCUGACACUUCAACUAUCGGACUAACAUUCCUCCCUUUCGUUGAACUGCAGGCUUCUUGGGAGGGCGCCGGUAUUGACUAAUAAAGCAGGGAUCUUCAGAGGUUAAACAGUGAACGGAUGGUUGGCUCCCACUAAUCAUUUUUGAUUCAUUGUUUAACUUCAGCUGAUCUGUCAAUAACGGAGUAGCAGCUCAUUGGCAGUCAACCAUGCUCAUGCUCAUAAUUACAUUUUAUUUACAUUCUAAGUGGUAUGGCCAAGGGGGUUGACACUCGAUCAUUCUGGAAUCAUUCCAGUUUAAUUCCAGAAUGAUUGGAAUGAUGAGAAUGUUUUGCUCUAUAGUAUGAGUUUUUCAUAUUAGCGUGUAAACGUCAAAAAUCAAAACAAAGCAAACAUGUUGUUUUCAUCACACAUAUGUGUCUUUAAACGAUCCUGUGUUCGUUCCGUCGUCGAUUGCGGCCGUGACGGAAACUGUCUCAAGGUGGACCCGGUGGUGAACCAAUUCGGCUAGGACGCCCCGACACGUACUGGCCAUACUCGGAGACCUCGAACGGUGACCGGGGAGAUGCGUCCGAUUGCUCUGGUGGGGAUGUUCCGCGGUGGAGAUGACCCUGGCCAGGACGGCAGUGUCACCGGCAAGUAACAGUUCCCGGACGCGGAUUCCGAACUAGCCGCAUGAUGCGCGGAACACGUUUCCGGCCGUGCUGCCGAUUGAAUGUCCGUCGGAGGAUUGCCGGGUGAACAAAUCUGGUGCCCGUGAUGCGUGGCUUCAGGAGAAAAUGAUCCAGAAGCAUAGCAAUCGAGUUCCCGUGGGACACAUUCCGCGCCUGUUGGCCGUGAUGUGUCGCGGUGAAACGCAGUCGCGGUCUGAAUAAGUCCAAGAAUAGCGAGACGAGCAACGAACUGGCCGAAUUGGCCAAGGAUGACGCGAAUUGAGAGCAGUUUGACGCCGGAGAUUUACGGCCAUUUGGUCGUGAAGAAGGCGCUGCUGAUAGGAGAUCACGGUGUGGCCAAGGCGCAGAUGAUGGGCUACAUCGAUCAUGACUUGUCUGAACGCUCCUGUGUUGAUUCCAGCGUACGGCCGUUAGAACCCACGUCGCAUCAUCAAGCAGAACAUCCAACUGCCAGCCGCCCUGCUUUCCCGUUUCGACCUUCUCGGCCGCGACAACGAUCUUCGUCUGGCCAAACACAUCACCCUCGUCCACAGCUACAGAAAGCCGCCGGGACAUCGCACUGUGCAAAACCGAGCAGAAGACCACUCACGUCCAAACACGUCGGCAAGGUCUUCGUGCUGGUGCGGGAGUUGGCCGGGGCAAACAAGACGGUCAAGAUUUCGGACGUGAUGAAGCGCUGCACGACCAAGGGCUACAGGUCGGCAAGUCGAGCCAGAAGUACGCCUGCAUCUAGGAAUAUGAAUCCAGAAGGGAAAAGAUAUGAAAUAAGAAAGCCAACAAUUUAACACUGGUUCCAAAAUAAAAGGAAUGUAAGAUAUUUCAGCGUGACAGGAGGGUGUGUAAUCGUCAUCCUCGUCCGAGAUGUAAACUUAUUGUUUUCGCCGGCGACGCUACAAUAACCAAGAACGAGUCAAUCUUGCUGAUCGACGCCCUACGACCUCCGCGACUCCCUCUUUUCCGACCCGU